AUGAUUACAAUGAAAAUAGUUUUUUCCACGUGGGGAAGAAGAGUCGGAAAAAGAUUAGAACAACUUAGAAAUGGCGAACAAAAAUUGUUUGCCGACGAAUCGUCGGAAGGAAGUUUAAGAAAAAAACCAAAUUGGAGACUUAGAAGGUCUUCGGAUGUGGCACUCUCGACGACGACAACGACGACGGAAGAAUUCGAAAAUCUUUCGCUGAAUUCUCCGUCGUCGUUGAAAAAUUUUUUCCACAGGAUGGGUUCGACGGGAAUGUUGAACAAAGGAGGAAUGAAUAAAGGGCAACCGGUCCGGGAAACACCGGAAGAAAAUAAUUUAUUUCGAAGUUGUUCCACCUCUCAUCUGUCCGCGUCUUAUUUUCGCGGAGACGAUCCCGCAGAUUGUUUGGAUCCUUCAAACGCGGACGUGAAAAAAUCAAAUAAUAACGCGGACAGGAUGCCGCCGCAUUUAUCCGUGAAAACUCUGAGCGUGGAUAAUCUGACGGAAAUAGCAAAAUCAUCGUCGAAUCGUCGAUCGAAUUUUCCAUAUGCUUUCCUAAGAUCGAAAUUAUCCGUUUUGCCGGAAGAAAACGGGGGGAGUGUCGUUAAUCAAAAUAUUAAAAAUAAAAACUCUGUUGAAAAUAGUGAUAAUAAUAAUUAUUCCGUCGAUGGGACAAAUUCGAAAAUGAAAAAAGCAAUUUCGGAAAAAUGUUUUAGUAGCAUGAUAAUAACGGAAAAUGAUGAUUCCUUACAUCCGCUGUAUCGAGUCGUGAACGCGACGUUGGAAAGAAAAAGGAAAAAAGAUGACAAAAAUUCAUUUUUUUCGAACGGUUCGGAUGUUCUUUGUUUGCCCAACUACGUUAAUUCUGCCGAAAGCGGAUACGACAGCGAUGGAAACCGUCCUUGCGAUGAUAACAAAUCGGAAAGGAUAACUCAGGAGUUGGACGGAGAUAGCGGUAUCGUUGCCAACGAAAGUUCCGAUACGGGAUCCCUACACGAAUCCGAAUCCGGAAACGAAACUCCCAUGUCUUCCUUUUUAGACAUCACGGAAAUGCAAAGCAAAGAUCUUCAGGAUAGUUUAAAUUUGAGUUUUUUAAGGAAACCCGAAUUCGCGCCGUCGGAAAUCGUCAAAGCCGAACCUUGCAUCGUGUACAACGACAGCGAAAUAUCGACGAAAGAAGAAGAAGAAGAAGAAGACCCAAGUAGUUCCUUUAGUUUGCCACCGGUGCCUUUUGAUGAUGAUGAUGCUUUAAACGAAACGAGAAGUCCGAGAUCGGGUAUAUACGCAAAGAAAUCAUCCAACGAUUCAAUAAAAUCCUCCUAUUCAUCGAAAUAUUUUUCGAGAGAUAAUCCGAUGAGGAAUAGCUGUCGUAGAUUUUCCGACAGCAGUUAUUUGUCGGUAAUGGCAAGAGAAAGAAUCGAAUGUCCUAAAAAUAAUUUACGACUUUACAGAGUUGCCAAAGUUCGCGAAGACGAAGUUCUCGGAAUACAAUUGGGAGUGAGAGAAAUUGGAAACGAAUCAAGGUACUAUAUAAAAUAUAUCGAUCCCGCAGGAGCCGCUUUCAGAGAUGGAAGACUUCGCGUGAACGACGAAGUUGUUAAAGUGAACGGACGCCUUCUUCGAGGCCUUCCUUUUCCGGAAGAAGCCAGGGCUUUGCUUAAACAUCACGUGGGAAUCAACACAGGUACCGAAAACGCCGCCGCCGCAGCCUCCGCCACAGCUGCCACCCUAACAAAUUCCGAUGAAUUUUACGUGGAUGUACUGACUUUACAAGACGAAAUAACAGGAUAUAAUAAUAAUUUUCAUCGUUCUCUAAGUCAAACAAAUCUAUGCGAAAAACCCGUGGAAAAUUUGAAAAAGAUAAAAUGUGCAAAACACGGAAUCGUGGCACUAGAACGAGAUGCGUCGUCGUCGACUCGAGAAGAAUCGAAAGGAAAAGAGGAGAGAAAAAAAGGAAACAACAAGGGUUCUUUUCCGACGACGGGAUCGGUUAUAUCUCAUCACACGGUCGUGUUUCGUAAGGGACCGGGUUGUAAAUCCCUCGGAUUCAGCAUAGUCGGAGGACGGGAUUCACCAAAGGGAAAAAUGGGGAUUUUUAUAAAAACAAUAUUUACAAACGGUCAAGCAGCCGACGACGGAACGCUUCGGGAAGGAGAUGAAAUUCUGACGGUGAACGAAGAUUCACUUCAGGGCACGUCUCACGAAGAAGCCAUAGCGGUAUUUAAAAAAAUAAAAUCGGGUCCCGUUUUAGUGACCGUCGGAAGACGGAAAACUCAUUAA